AUUAUGUGCAAUAUUAUAAAUAGUUUUUAUAUGAUUUGGUUUGAUUGUGCCGGUGUUAAAGGAGGAGGAAUAUGUGUGUACGUAGACAGCCUUCGAGGCAUUACGCAGGGCUACUUUAAUGUCCUCUAAGGACGGGGCUAGGAGGAAAUAACGAAGUGUUUUCCGAGAUACCAUCGGAUAGUUAGCUUUCUUCUACGGGUUUAUUUUUGCUUUCAUAUUCCACAGAGGUGAUUAAUUGACAAAUGGUAACAUCACAACGGCUGUCGUGGUUUUUCUUGGACUGGGCGACACGUUAUCGUCUUGGCUCGGUAGCUACUUGGUGAAGAGCGCACCCAGUUAACGUAGGUUAGGUUAGCUACAUGGAUGCUAGGUGGUAGAAGCUAACCAGGUAUUUGAUGUCAAGCUACGCAGCUAGCUUGAGGCAGGACGGCUAAGCUAACGUAGUCCAACUUCUUGAGGCUGCUGGAGAUGCUCGCUGACUAACAGGUCGCGUUGACGGGGAUCUCCUUGUGCAUCCGGGCCAUCGUUGUUAGCUAACGUUAGCUACCUGACUGGAAACACUGGGCUUCGGUUACGUCAUGGCAGAUGAAAAUACACAGUUCUGUGGCAACUGCAAACAUGACAUUCCAGAGGCCAAUUUUACCACCCAUGAGAUCCACUGCCGAAGAAACAUUGCAUUGUGUGAUGUUUGCCAGGAGCCAGUGCCCCGGUCAGAUUUGCUGGAGCACAAACAGCAGGAGCAUACUCAGAUUACAUGCAAGUGUGGUUUGAAGAUUGAGAAGAAACAAAUUGAUGUUCACCAGAACUCUGAAUGUUCUCAGCGGCUGGUCCCGUGCCAAUUCUGUGAACUGGAGAUUGUUUUCAGUCAGUCCAAAGAACAUGAAGAUUAUUGUGGCACACGUACUGAGCCCUGCGUACACUGCAAGUGCAAUGUAAUGUUGAGGGAACAAGGUGUGCAUCCGGUCUUAUGUGGAAGUCUUACACCACCCCAAGAGAGGAACAACAGUCGGACGAGUCGCAGUCCCGUAGAUCCACAGCCUCCAGGGGCAUGGUUUGAAGCUCAUUCCAUCCGAAACCUCCUAAGAGCCCAAGAGAGAGGCACAAAGAAUAAUAACAUCAGUGCAGCAGAACAACAGGCUGUUCCUCGGCCAUUUGAUACCAGAGAAUAUUACAGUUCAAGGGGACCUCCAGGACCAGGAGACUGGAAGAAUACUGCACCGAGAAAUACUUUUAGCCACUUGUUGGGCCAGAGUGAUUUUCGGAGUAGCAGCAGCAGCAGUAGUGCAUGGCCACAAAGUGAGCUCACACUGAACGAGGAUUCCUCAGGUCUGGACUACAUGUUGGCUCUCAGCCUGCAGAGUGAUGUAGAAUCUGUGGCUGGAGGCGUAGAGGGGAACUUGUGGAGUGGUAUCUGGGACCACAAGAUCGGGAAGACUUCUAACAGCUCUGUAAACUCUCCACUCCCUCCGCCCAACAACAACUACCCAAACUUCAGUACAAGCACAAGCACAAGUGCCGUCCAGGAACACGAUCAAGCAGAUACCAUGCUUCCUUGUGAGUUUUGCGAAGAACUGUUUCCUGAAGAGGACCUCAUUUUGCAUCAGACCGGAUGCAGCCCUGCCUCCGCCUUUGCAUCUUACAGCAAGCAUCCCUUGUCUCCACCUAAAGAGGACCGGAUGGGCAGGAAUGCUUCAGGGCUGAUGCACAACGUCCCUGACACACUCGCCUCAAACAUCCCCACUUUCCCUCGCUCAGUGUCCCCGGCCUCCUACAGUCCUCCAGCCAGUCCUCUAGAGGGCGACGUGGUCAUUCCAUGUGAAUUCUGUGGCGUUGCUCUUGAGGAGGCUGUCGUCUUCCACCAUCAGGACAAAUGCGAUAUGCGUCCUCAGGCUGCCCAUCCACUGAAUAAUCUAACAAAAGCAUCUGUCAAAAAAACCAUGAGCCCUACCAAAGACGCCUUUGGUCAAAUGUCUUCAGAUUUCCAAAGGAGAAUUAGUCCCCAAGCAGACUUCUCGGAUGUGAACUUUGAAUGCGACAGAGAGACAACGCAUGGACUAAACCCAAUGGAAUGGCAUAGAGGUUACAUUGGACUACCAAGUCAGAGGAAGACGUCUAACUGCGAUGCUUCUGUAAAAAACCGACCUCAGCAGGGCCGGGAAGCAGAAGGAGCUCAUUCAUCUUUCUGUGACACUGAGACGUCUGGCUCUACAUCUCUACAGGGAGUGCAUCUACCAGAAAAUAAAGAAGGGAAAGGGACCAGAAGAAAUUCAUUGACAAAGCUGCCCAAGAAGCAGAAUGAAGAGCAGCAGGAAGAGUGAGAGCAUGUGGAGAAAUACAAAAACCAAAUCUCCUAUUCUGCUUUUCAUUUAUCUUCUUGCACACUUUUGAAAACAAAACAUAUACCUAUCUGAUAAGUGCCUGUGUGAGUAUUAGUUAUCCUGCGGUUUAUAUUUGAAUGAGUUUUACUAUAAAAGUCUAAGUAAGUAAUUUGGUUUAUUAAUGCAUAUUCUGCUUUAUUUCACGAUUUGUUUCAAAUGUUUUAAUGUCUUAACAUCCACCCUUAAAAGAUAAAUCAUAAAAUUAAUUUUAUUCGCGAUGAAUUAGAUUUUUCUUCCUUUUUUUUUUUUUUAACUGUACAAGUCGUGUCCUGGCUCAUUUAGGAACAUUAAGAACAUCAGACACAUGACGUUGUCGGUGUGCAUUUGUCUUGACUUAAUCUUCACCGUGUUACUUCAGCCAAGGACAUUUUGUUUUCACCCCGGUUUGCCAGUUCUUUCAGGGUCUGUCAGUGUUCCUGUUGGUUUAUGAAUCUUUAUGUUACCUAAAGCACUUUGAUGGAUUAUUUUGUUAAAAAGGGCUUGAAGAACAGAUUUGAUAAAUGUAUGCAUCUUUGACCACGAAAAAAACCCCCUGUAUGAUUGAACAUUUGUCUUUUUAUACCGUUGAACAUUUGUCUUUAAUACUCUUCAGUAAUUUUUUGAUUUUUUUUUUUAAUCAUAACUGUAGAACUAUAUAUGUUGUGUAACGAUGAGGUGGCUUUUGACGCAGUGUCUCCUGUCCAAUUUUCUUUAAAGUAGUAUGAAAAAAUGUUGUGUGCUUGUCCUCCACAUAGGAUUUAAGAUUGAUUAAAUGUAUUAUGUGUGUAACAUAGGGUCCACUUUAGCAAUACCUAUUAGAUAGACAACCUUGUGCCACAGAUGGUUGAGACCUUUUAAUUAAAGAUAAGAGCAUUUUCUUGAUUAACAUCCGAUAAUCAACCUGAACUAUUGAGGAGCAAAUAAUCAGUGAAAUCUCCUGCUGUGGUGUUUGGUUUGACUGUAGGCACUCAAGCCACGAGGCUGACUAUUCCUGUUUAAGAACAACUGUCUUUAUGCUCUUUGUCUUGUGUUGCUAUUAAAUGUUUAAUGAGGACA